AUGUCUGCCACUCAGCGAAAGAAAGGCACCAAGACCUUGAUCUUUGAUGAUCUGCCAGCAUGGAGAAAAGACAACCCUUAUGUCCGCACAGGAUAUCGUCCCACUCUUGGUUGUUAUUUGAAAUGCAUAAAAUCAGUGUUCUCUUAUUUUCACAAUGAAACCGUCAAUAUCCAUAGCCAUCUCUGGGGAGCCGUCACGUUCUUCACACUUGUGAUGUCUCUUACUAGCCCUUCAAAAUUCAUGCCAUGGACUCUCCCAACUUGGAUUGGAAGAUCGCAUGUUGAUCCUACCUCUGUAACAUGGGUAGAUACGGCUGUCUUUGCUUGCUUUUAUUUGAGCGGGCUGGCUUGCCUUGGCUUUAGCGCUACUUAUCACACUGUCUCUUGCCACAGUGAAGUUGUCUGUGCAACGUUGGGUCGAUUAGACUAUAUGGGAAUUGUCUGGCUGAUCGUCGGUUCAUUCUAUCCAUCAGUUUACUAUGGCUUCUAUUGUUAUCCAAAGAUAACAGCCGCCUAUCUUGCCUUGAUCACAACGCUUGGUGCGACUUAUACCGUCGUCACACCUACUUACAGGUCUAAAGAGGGACGUACAAAACGCACUUUGAUCUUCAUAGCUCUUGCACUAAGUGCUGUUCUUCCAAUCGGACAUGGAGCCAUCAAAUUCGGAAUACAACACUCUGGAAGUCGCAUUGGUCUGGAUUGGUUGCUCCUAUCGGGUGUAACCUAUAUAGUCGGAGCAUUAUUCUAUGCUGAAAGGUUUCCAGAACGCUUUAACCCAGGAAAGUUUGAUUUAGUAGGAUCUAGUCAUCAGAUCUUUCACGUCUUGAUUCUUUUUGCUGCCUUUUUCCACUACGUAUCUAUCACAUCGGGUUUUGUACGGUAA